CACACAUAAUUAUGGAAUGAAAUCUGCAAUCAUUCUUCAACUUGAACAGCCAUGGCCGCAGCUAACAAAUCGAAUAAUCAUCAAGUCCUCAUAAACGCACUUCUCUUCGUCACUCUGUGCGCUGUGGCAAAUUCCUCCAAUAACAGAGACGCCGCCGUCCUACUCCGGGUCAAGGAGGCUCAGCUCCACGACCCGCUCCGAACACUCCACGACUGGAUCGAGUCGGCCCCCAACGCACCAUGCAGCUGGACCGGCAUUGCCUGCGAUGCCGCAAACCGCAGCGUCGUUGCCGUCGAUCUCUCCGAUUUCAACAUCUCCGGCAACUUCCCCGCCGAUUUCUGCCGGAUUUCGUCGCUGCGCUAUAUAAACCUAACCGGAAACAGUCUCGGCGGCAGCAUUACUUCCGAUACGAUUUCCCUGUGCUCUCAUAUUGCAGCACUCAACCUCUCCUACAAUAACUUCGUCGGCAGUCUGCCGGAGUUCCCUGUGCAGUUCGCGAACCUCACGGCGCUGGAUUUCUCCUACAACAAUUUCUCCGGCGAGAUUCCGGCGAGCUUCGUCAAUCUGCCGAAACUGCAGGUCCUGAUGCUCGGCUCGAACCUGCUCAACGGAUCGAUACCGGAGUUCGUCUCCAAUCUGACCGAGUUAACUCAACUCGUGCUGUCUGUGAAUCCAUUCGUUCCGAGCUCACUGCCUUUCAACAUCGGACGGCUGGUGAAGCUCGAGUGGUUCGAAUCGAUGUACACAAACCUAAUCGGAGAAAUUCCUGAAUCAAUCGGCAAUCUCGCCUCGAUUAGAAACUUCGAUGUGUCGAAUAACAAUCUCGCCGGAAAAAUUCCUGGCACGAUUGGCCGGCUGAAGUAUGUAGUGCAAAUCGAAUUGUUCGGAAACCAGUUUUCCGGCGAACUUCCGGAUACGUUCUCCGAUCUCACUUCUUUGCGCCGGUUCGAUGCGUCAGAAAAUAAUCUCUCCGGGAGGAUUCCAGAAACCCUAGCAGGCUUGCAGCUUGAGUCGUUGCAUCUGAAUGACAAUUUUUUUGACGGAGAGAUACCAGAAAUUCUAGCUACGAAUCCAAACCUCAUUGAGCUACGACUAUUCAACAACAAGUUGUCAGGCGCAAUACCGGAAUAUUUGGGUAUGAAUUCGGAUUUGGAAGAAAUCGACGUUUCCAACAACAAUCUGGAAGGCUCCUUGCCUCACAAUUUGUGCAACAGAAAGAAGCUGCAGAGUUUGAUAGUUUUCGGCAACAGAAUUUCCGGUGAAAUACCAGAAUCAUACGGUGAAUGCAGCAGCUUAACGUACGUAAGAAUUCAAAAAAACCAGUUAUCUGGAGCCGUACCUUAUGGAUUUUGGGGAUUCAUCGAUCUUCAAUACAUCGAGCUCAGUGACAACAUGUUGGAAGGUUCAAUUCCGAGCUCUAUUUCUAGUGCAAAAUCACUGGAACAGUUGUUGAUAUCCGGCAACAAGUUUUCCGGCCGCUUUCCGGCUGAAACCUGUGGGCUGCAGGAGCUGAGGAAAAUAGAUUCUAGCCAGAACCAGCUUUCCGGCGAGCUGCCUUCUUGCAUUACUGAUCUGGUCAAAUUGCAGGAGCUCCACAUUCAAGGUAAUAGGCUCAUUGGUGAAAUCCCCAAAGGCGUAUCGUCUUGGGGCGAGUUAACGCAGUUGGAUUUGUCGGAAAAUCAAUUUUCCGGUGAAAUCCCGGCUGGGUUAGGCGAUCUUCCGGUGCUGACGUUCUUGAAUCUUUCUAAUAAUUUUCUUUCCGGUGUGAUUCCGGAGGAGCUUACGAAACUGAAGCUGAACGAGUUCAAUGUGUCUAACAAUAGGCUCCGUGGAAGAGUGCCGCUUGGUUUUAAUAAAAAGUUUUUUCUCUCAAGUCUAAUGGGGAAUCCGGAUUUAUGCUGUCCGGAUCUUCGGCCUCUGCCUCCUUGCUCAAGGCCGAAGCCCGUGAGCUUGGUCAUGAUUGUGCUUCUCUCGGUUCUGGCAUUCGUACUCGUUGUAUCACUAGUUUGGCUCAUCUACAAGACUAGGAAAUUCAUCUUUGGCAGCAGAAAUCGGAAGCCCUGGAAGAUCACUUCGUUCCAGAAGAUUGGCUUUGAGGAGGAGCAAGUUCUGGCCUCAUUGACUGAUGAAAACCUUAUCGGGUCUGGAGGGUCGGGUCAGGUGUACCGUGUCAGGCUGAAGAGCGGGCAGAUGGUGGCUGCCAAGAGGUUCUGGCAGCCCAAGGGAGUAGCAGAGGCCGAUGGAAUGUUGAGGGCGGAGAUGGAGAUACUGGGGAGGAUUAGGCAUGGUAACAUUGUGAAAUUGUUGUUUAGCUGCGUUGGUGAGGAUUUUAUGGUGCUGGUCUACAGUUAUGUUGAGAAUGGGAGCUUGGGGGAUGUGCUGUACGGAGACCAGGGUGGGCUCUUGCUCGACUGGCCUAAGAGGUUCGCCAUUGCAGUCGGGGCUGCUCAGGGCCUCGCCUAUCUGCACCAUGACUGCGUGCCUGCGAUUGUGCAUAGGGAUGUCAAGCCCAACAACAUAUUGCUGGAUGAGGAGUUCAGACCUAAAGUAGCUGAUUUUGGGCUGGCCAAGGCGUUGAAGCAGGGCGAUGAAGCCAUGUCGCGUGUAGCCGGCUCUUACGGCUAUAUUGCACCAGAAUACGGCUACACAUCGAGAGUGACUGAGAAGAGCGACGUGUACAGCUUCGGAGUGGUGCUGCUGGAGCUGGUGACGGGUAAGAAGGCCAAUGAUGAAUCACUGGGAGAGAACAACAACAUUGUUAAGUGGGUAACAAGAGAAGCACUGUCGUGUGAUCGGGGGAGCGCAACUGGGAGCAUCGGUAUCACUAGUUUGGAUCGGGUGUUGGAUCCACGGAUGGACACAUCUUCAGUCGACUACAGAGAGGCUGAGAAGCUUCUUAAUGUGGCCUUAUCAUGCACUGCUGAACUGCCCACAAGCAGGCCGUCCAUGAGACGGGUCGUUGAAUUGCUCAAGGAACAUUCCGCAACUCGUUCCAACUCAAAGCAUUCAGCACAAAACAGAUAUGCAAUUUAGAGGUAGGAGUAGUUUCAAUAGCUUAAACUAAGUAGAUACUGAUUGUUUGAUAUUGAUAUAUGUUUUCCAUGAAAUAGCAUAAUGUUUGUUAUCUCUAA